GAGAAAAACACAAGCAAGAGGCGGCUCAAUGCGAGGUGACCCUGUCCGGUCACACAGACACUUAGCUUGAAGGGGUAGAGCACAGGCACAGGCUCUGUCAAACCAGCAGCGAACCCGCCCCUUCCAGCCUCUCUACUGACUCUACAGACACAUUAUUCAUGAUGCCGAUCAGGAGACAUUUGCUGCUUAUUUCUAACUCCACAUUGCACGGAGGGGGUUAUCUGGAGCACUGCCAAGAGCACAUACUAAAGUUUCUUGGGACACAAGUGAAACGCGUGCUGUUUAUUCCGUAUGCUCUCCAUGACAGAGACUCCUAUGCCAAAACUGCAAGACAGAAGUUUGAAGCACUGGGAUAUGGUUUGGACAGUGUGCAUGAAAGCCCUGACCCUGUUGAUGCUGUAAAAAAGGCAGAAGCCAUAUUCAUUGGUGGAGGUAACACAUUCCGGCUUCUGAAAGCUCUGUAUGAUAGUGACUUGAUAGCUGCCAUCAGGAAGAGAGUAUUAGAGGAUGGGGUUCCUUAUAUUGGAUCCAGUGCCGGUACCAAUGUUGCCACAGUUAGCAUCAACACAACCAAUGAUAUGCCAAUUGUGUACCCGCCUUCUCUGCAAGCCCUUCACUUGGUGCCUUUCAACAUCAAUCCUCACUAUCUGGAUUCUGAUGUAAACAGCAAGCACAUGGGGGAGACAAGGGAACAGCGGAUUACACAAUAUCAUGAAGAACUAGAUACUCCUCCUGUCCUGGGCUUACGGGAGGGUUGCUUACUGCUAGUGGAAGGUGACAAAGCAACUCUUCUCGGUAUAACAAAAGCACGUCUGUUUGUAAGGGGAAAAUCUCCUUCAGAACAUGAACCUGGUCACGACUUUAGCUUUCUUUUAGGCUAAAUCAGCCAUUGCUCGCUUUACUGAAUUCCACAUUUAUUUGCUCCUUGAUUAUAUAUACAAUAAAUGACCUGUGAAUAAAUCAACCUGUAAAUUGGUUUGUUAUGUUUUAUUAUAAAUCUAAUAUUUUUGUAUUAUAGUAUCCUACUUAUACAAGCUAAGAAGUGGCAACUCCAAAUAUGCAGCAGAUUCGGUUAAAUAAAUCACAUGAUAGUUUAUAUGAAUGCUAAAAGCCACUGUAUGAGCAACAAGAUUUGACAAAUAUUUGUAAACUUGCUGUAACUUAAAUAAAUGCAAGUAAAA